UCUUUGUCUGGCGCGCGCGCUCACGGCAGCCAGCGCCGCGCUGCAUUGUGGGACGGCGCCAUGUUGUCUCUCCCCAGUGGGGAAGUGAGCAGAGGCAGCGGCAGCAGCAGCAGCAACAACGACAACCACCACAACAACAACAGCGACAACAACAACAAGACGACGAGGAAGAGGAGCAGGAGGCUCGACACCCGAGGCCGCCGUUUGAAUCAGAGCCGCCGAGGGGGUUUUUUAAUGUAAAUUCCCGCCCCCCACGAUCUCCACAGCGCGCCGAGGCGACCGCGAGCGAGGCCCCCCUGGCCCCCCUGGCCCCCCUGGCCCCCCUGGCCCGGCGUGGGAUGUCGGCCUGGCCCCGCAUGUCGGCGUGACGGCGUGGCCGGGGCCGGGGCCAUGAAGAAGUUCUUCGACGCGAGGCGAGACGGGGGCGGCGGUGGAGGUGGUGGUGGAGGCGGCGGCGGCGGCCUCGUGGGGAAGGCGUUCGGUGUGGGCAGGUUCCAGGUGACGGUGGAGGAUGUCCUGGCCGAAGGGGGAUUUUCCGUCGUCUUCUUGGCCCGGACUCACAGCGGAAUCCAGUGCGCGCUGAAGCGCAUGUACGUCAACAACGAGCACGACCUCAAGGUCUGCAAGCGGGAGAUCACCAUCAUGAAGGAACUGUCCGGACACAAGAACAUCGUGGGCUACCUCGACUCUGCCAUCAACGCUCAGGCAGUCACAGAGGUCUGGGAAGUGCUCAUCCUCAUGGAGUUUUGUAAAGCGGGGCAGGUGGUGAACCAGAUGAACCGGCGUCUGCAGAAUGGCUUCAGCGAGAGGGAGGUGCUCAGCAUCUUCUGCGACACCUGUGAGGCGGUGGCGAGGUUGCACCAGUGCAAGACGCCCAUCAUCCAUCGCGACCUGAAGGUGGAGAACAUCUUGCUUCAUGACAAUGGCAACUACGUGCUGUGCGACUUUGGCAGUGCCACAAACAAGGUCCUGAAUACUCAAGUCAGCGGCGUCCCGGCUGUGGAGGAGGAAAUACAGAAGUACACAACUCUGUCCUACCGAUCCCCCGAGAUGGUCAACCUCUACAGCGGCAUCCCCAUCACCACCAAAGCAGACAUAUGGGCCCUGGGCUGCCUGCUUUACAAGCUGUGCUUCUUCUCACUGCCAUUCGGAGAGAGCCAGGUGGCCAUCUGCGAUGGCAGCUUCACCGUGCCCGACAACUCCAAAUACUCACACGACCUCCACUGCCUCAUACGUUACAUGCUGGAGCCCGAGCCAGACACCAGGCCGGACAUUUUUCAAGUUGCAUCCGUCGGCUUCAAGCUUGCCAAGAAGGACUGCCUAGUGCCUAACCUGCAUAGCGCACCUGUCCCGUCCCGGCUGCCAGAACCUCUGCUCGCGAGUGAAGCGGCAGCCAGGCGCAUCCAGGUCAAAACCAAGUUGCCUGACCCAUGUGGCCCCACAGAGACCUCCAUAGCUCCUCGACAGAGACCCAAGGCCGGCCACAACCCAGUGGGCCUGGGGGCCGUGUCCAUACAGGCGGGCGACACGCCCCGCAAGGCCCCACCGGAGCAUGCCGCCACGGGACCCGGCCACACCGCCGCAGCUGACACAGUGGUGUGUGUUGCUGACGGCCACUUGGCGCCGGAGCAGAACAUGCAGCCUCACCCCACCCAGCCGACUCCAGCGCAGCUCCUGCAGCAGCAACAGCAGCAGCACGCGUACAUCCAGCAGUACUUGGCCAUGCAGCAGGCAGCGCAGCAGCAGCAACAGCAGCUGUAUGCGCAGCAGAUGAUGAUGCAACAGCAACUCUACCUGCAACAGCUGGCGGCCGCACAGCAGCAGGAGGCAGCGCUGCAGCAACAGGCGCAGCACGAAGCCCAACAGCAGCAGCAACAGGCAGCGCUGCAGCAGCAGGCGCAUCAGGCAGCUCUGCAGCAGCAGCAGGCGGCUAUUCAGCACAGGGCGCAGCAGGAGGCCGCUCUGCAGCAGCAAGCCCAACACGAUGCCUUGCAACAGCAGGCGCAUCAGGCGGCAUUACAGCAGCAGGCAGCCCUCCAGCACAGGGCGCAGCAGGAGGCUGUGUUGCAACAACAAGCACAGCAUGAAGCUCUCCAGCAGCAAGCAGCACUGCAGCAGCAUCAAGCGCAGCAGGCAGCACUGCAGCAACAGGCGGCUUUACAGCACAGGGUGCAGCAGGAAGCUGCGUUUCAACAGCAAGCACAACACGACGCGCUUCAGCUGCAGCAGCAGCAGCAGAUGGUGCUGCAACAGAAGCAGCAGGCGGCGUUGCAGCACAGGGCGCAGCAGGAAGCUGUGUUGCAACAGCAAGCACAGCACGAAGCGCUUCAGAAGCAUCAGGCGCAGCAGGCGGUGCUGCAGCACAGGACGCAGCAGGAUACGCAGCAGCAGGAGGCAGUGCUACAGCAACAAGCGCAGCACCUGGCAGCCCUGCAGCAACAGGCACUCUGGCAGCAGGCCCAGCACGUGCGAUCCCCGGCCGUCGACCGGACGGGCCAUGGUUCUCCUCCGCCCAGUCCGGCCGUCCCCGUGGCGAGCAACGGGGGCGGCACCCUGCCCAGCGACGGCGGCGUCGUCAACUACGGGACGCUCUUCUUCGUGACGGCCUCCUCCAAGUCCUCGCAGCAGCCGCCGCAGCCGGCCGAGGCCGCGGGAGAGAUCGCGGAGCCAUUGGGCAGGGUGUUGAACUCCUCGCCCACACCGCACAUCCACCACGGAAUCUCCGACUGGAACCCCUUCGUGCAAGACACCUCCGAGUACCUCUGGGAUUCGGCAAACAACACGACGACAGAGGUGGCGCCUCUGCACCCGGAGCGGCCGGCCGCUCGCGACUCGUCCGCCUUCUCCGGCGUCUCGCUGGCGUCCUCGCGCACUCUCGAGGAUGUUGCCGGCACGGCGCCGUCGACCGACGUCGACUCAGCGCGCGCGAGGAUCUCGGCCUCUGUCUCCCUGCCGGAGAUGCCGUCCGCCGCUCAGCCCUGCGCCCCGAGGCGCGACGAGGGCGGCAGCGACUUCGAGUCGGACCCGCCGACGCCCAACAGCAGCGGGGAGGAGCAGAACGAUGACGAGGAGGAGGAUGAGGAAGAAGAGGACGGAGCGUUCACCGCUCGCAGCCACGAGGAAGAGAAGCUCGGCUCCCAGCCGCUGCUCGUCGACUCGGGCAGUGACGUGGAGGAGGAGGAGAACAACGCCGCCGAGGAGUUUGAGCGCCACAGCUCCGACUCGGACUCCGCCGGCAAAGGAUCUCCGAGCGCCGCCACCGCCGCCGGCGGCGUGCUUGCCCCUGCUGCCGCCGGCGAGCUGGACGUGUUCGGGGCGGCUCCGUUCGUGAGGCCGGGCGAGCGGCCGGCGAGGGAUGGCCAGGGCCGCGAUGUGUUCCUGAGCGCGCCCUUCAGGCCCGUGUCGAAGCAGGAAGAGGAAGAGGGGGAGGAGGAGGAGGAAGACGACAACGACGCCUUCGACGUCUUCAGCAACGCUCCGUUUGGCAGGAAGGCGGCGGUGGCACCGGUGGCACCGGUGGCACCACCCUUCUCUAAACCCGAGGUCUAUCCGCCCCCUCGCACCGCCACCACCACCGACAUGUUUGGCUCGGUUCCCUUCCAGCCCAAAGCGACGCCGAACUUUCCGUUGAAGCCAGACCUCUUUGGGCAGGUCCCCUUUGAGAAGAUAUCGCCCGGCCCACAAGCGAAUGUCGCAAUACAGCAGCGGUGCGGCCACCGGGGAGGCGAGCAGCACGAGCCCCAGGACAGGCGGCGGCACGCUCCGCUGCAGCACUCGGCCAGCGUCGUCGGCCAUGAGGUGAACAACAGCGGCAAUGGAAGCGGUGACAGCGGUUGCGGCGGCGGCUCUCCGGAUCCGCACCACGUGCCGCGCCGAUCCAGCAGCUGCGACUCGCUCGGCAGCCGCAGCGAAGCGCGGACCCCGGGCGGGACGUGCCGUGAGGGCGCGGACGCUCCCGACGACAAACACAAACCCUCGCACGAGUCGAGAGCUGGCGUGGCGGAGCCUUCCUGCCCCAAGCUCUUCCACCCACUUGCACUCCAGCCGAGCAACCACGCCGGCGCCGCCGACGGUUGCGCCGUGGUCUCGAUUGCCGCGUCUGCAGUCGCCGCCACGGCAGCGGCAGCGGGGCCUGGCUCUGACAAUUUUGGCUUCGUCCCGUUUCCGCACGUGGUGGUGUCCCCGGGCACUUUGGACGAGGUGGACCCGUUCGGCUCGGCGCCCUUCCCCUCGCGGCACGGCGUCUCCGUCUCAAAGACGAGCCCCUCCUUGCAGGCAGCCAAGGGUCUGUAGUGCGGUGCGCGCGCACCGCGGCCUUACCACAAAGCCGGCGACGUCCGGCUGCGGGCGAAGCUCUGGUGUGACUCGACACGUUCAUCCUUCUUCCAUCUUGACAGGGUCUUUUAAGGGGUGUUGGGUUUGUUGUCCGAGUGAUCACCUUCACGAGUGGGCAACUGUUGCAUUCGGUUUCCGUACAUUGACACAAUUUGCAAAUAAAACUAAGCCAUCCUCCAGUGCAUGGUUUCUCAAACACCUCUCACUCCUCUCCUGUAAUCCACCCUUUUUUUUGUUACUUUUGCCAAUAUUCCCUAUUAUUAGAAAGAAAAUUUACCAGUUGUAGGCUUGCAGGCAUGUGGCAAAUGAAAUAGAUAUAAAGCUGCACUGUGGUGGGGUGUGAGGAUUGGAGUUUGAGAAGCCGUGCUCUAAUAAGUGUACCAGAGCCACACGGUUGUGUACAGGGUUUUGUACGAGAGAGUGCAUUGUGAGUGGCCAGUGGCAACGGUUUGGCCUCUUGGUAUGACGUUCGCUGCCCGAUCACACCACUGGCCCUCGCCGCGUGCCCGUGUGGCACUUUGCGGGGCUUCACCUUUGACGACACUCGCUCGAUCACCAACACGCGGUGCUCCGCCAUCCACACUGGAGCGCUCCAAAGAGCUCCCCCCUUAGAUUUAGUCAUUCGACAAAUUAGGUAUCAACUUGCGUGCCCCUUGGCUAUGUUUGGCUCUACUCUUUGGUUCUUUCGGUAAAGUCACGUAGGUAGAAAAAAUAAUAAUAGAUCACGACGUUUCGAUCGCAACACAAGCGGUCGUCCUCGGGCGGAAAAAAUAAUCCAGCAGUGCAACUGCUGAAGCAGCGUGUGUUUGGCUACUUUUAACCUUAGCGAAACGAAUGCCGCUCAUUUUCCACCUCCUGCCACUUGUAUCUUCCAUUGCAUUGCCGAGGACGGUUUUCACUUUGCGGAAGCAGCGUGCCGUAGGACGAGGCGGUGUUUGGCUCGCUUGUUAAAAAAAUUAAUGUUUAGCGAAUGUCUCCAAAUCCUAUUUUUUUUCUGAGGACAUCUUGACACAGUUGAUUGUGAUAUCAGAAUUACAAAUGGCCUUAAAUGAUUGCCAGGUGUGCAAUUAGAUAGUUUCUUUUUUCAUGGUAGCCACUUUAAACUUAAUGAUUGACCAUGAAUGAUCUAAGCUGAUGUUUGGAACGUUGCACAGAUGUAUGAAGAGGUGUCAUUGUAACAGGCACAUGGGCUGGAAUAUAAUUGCUUGUAAAUUCAAAAUCAACGUUGCCACAAUUCUCUGUUUGAGAAUUAUUGUUUGAAACUCGCGUCGAUACGUUUAUACAUAUUGCUCGCAUGACGUCGCGCCUCCACUGCUAAACCAGUUCAGUGGGGGUGGGCUGUGGUGGUGUCAUUACCAAAACGUCUGCAGUCGGUAAACGAAAGCGGUGCAGAGAAAUGCGUGGCAGUGUUUAAGUGUUUGGUUUUUCACGUGGCCAUUGCCGCCGCAAUGGGUCUUGGUGCUGUGUUCCACCUUAAAUGCACAUGGACGAAGGGAGGGGGUGGUCCAAAACGUGACAAAGAUACCCACCUUAGAAUACUGUGUGACCUGGGCAUGGAAGGUUGCUACUACAUUCAUGAAUAAAGUAACUUUUGCCGAGGGACAUGCUUGAUUUAAAAAAAUAUUGCUCCAAUUUUUCUAUCACCCUUUGUUACGGUAUAUUCAUAUGAUAUCGUACGGUUUAUUCAGAAAACACUUGAAGCAAACCGUUUCGGAGGCCCAUGGACCGGAGUUGACGCAAUGUGAAUAAGUGCAGUAUUAUGGCUUCACGUUGCACUGGGUUCUUGUGCACAAUAUCUAGGCAAGGGGCCCUGUCCGAUGAUACCUGGUGUCUUCUUCCGCUCUUGGUAGAAGCCGCAUUCACUACCACUCGGUUACAGUGUACAGCUGUGUCUAUCCCUGCUGGAUGAAGGCAUCCUGCACGCUGUGUCCGUCAUGGGGGUUGUUUGACCAUAUUUCACCACUCUGGUCAGUUUAGGUUGGCAGGACCACCACACAACAUGGCCUUAAUUUGGCAUUCAGCAGCCAAUCAUCAUGAUCCAUCAGUGGCUACUCUCACCACGACUCAGGCCCUAGGGUUUGCAGGUAGUGGUCCAGAGAUGGUGUCAAAUGUAAUUGCCUCUACCACCAACGACAUCCACUUGAAUCGGCCAUUUGUUUUUAAUACACAUUGGUAAAUGAGAUUGUUAGUUUAAUCUGGUACCCCUCUUAAGAGUGUUCUGAUAAACUAGGUUUAUUCAGAAUAAGGUUCUGGAGUGCAAACCGCUCGCAAAAUUGUGGUCUCGUCAUUGCCACUCCGUGACCCGACCCUCAAAAUAGCAGACAGCUGACGGGCAAUGUUUGUUGACUGUGCGCAGAGUUCCACUCCCAAUGGACGAAACAAUUUACGUUUCCAGCUGUGCGACAUUGAAGUGGCUCUCUUGGAUCUGUGAAUGGAAAUGCUUGAUGUGACAUAAUGUGAUCAUUGCUGUAAUUCUGAUGCAAUGUACACUGGACACUUGUCAAUUUUUUGUUUUGUUUAUCAGUCUUGAUAUGCAGAGCUCACACAGAAGCGAUGGUUAACCCGCGUGGGUUUACGGGAAUAGCGAGUGAAGUUGCGCUGUUACUCGAAGUUUAACGAGAGCAAAUCAUUCAAUCGGCGCCUUUUCACAAUGGCUGUUUCAGCAGAGUGAAACGCAAGUGACAUGCUGACAGCGCUUUUGUUCGUUGGGUUGUGAUUUUUCGUUAUUACUGUUGGAACUGUAUCUUAGUGAACACGUCGACACUAGUUCCGUGAAGCCUUAAAGUACAAUCUUUUAUUUCUCCUACCUUUAUUGCUCCCAAGUAAAAACAAAUCUACAGGCAGAGCAAAUGUGUACCUUACAACAAACUACACUCACACGCACAUGUGUAUAUAUACACACACACAUGUAGCUCGGGCAGUUCACCUCUAAACAUCCCAUGCUUUCUCCAUGUUUGUGUAAGAGUAGUUGCUCAGACUGGGACUGGUCCGCUUGGAUCAGAUGUCUCCUUGCACGAAGCUCUUCCUGUCUUCUGCUCCAUUGUCAGUCUAGUCCAGGGGGCACAAUUUCCACACCUUGACAUUGAAAACGAUGAAUGUUGACUAUGGCCACAGGCACCUGUUGCUCGAUUCACCUGUAGUAUGACUGUUGCACGGGGUGUGUAUUAAAUACACUCAACGGCGCACUGCCUUACGCAAAGAGUGGCCAACUCGGCUUGGCAGGAACUCCCCGGAGUUGUCACGUGGCAGUCACUCUUGAUAUUGGACACUGUGUGCACGUGUGUAUGUGGAACGUCUUUUUCACCAUACGCAGCCAACCGCGCUAAUCGAAGGACAACAAAUGUUUGGAGACGAUGCAGAAAGGCUCCUUGAGGGUUGGUUGGCUACACCCACUCACUCACUCAGACGAUGACAAAGCCUGUGGUUUAAUCGUCUGUUAACGCCGCUUUGGGUUUCACGGCAAAGCGAGGGGAUGAUGUUUCACACGCCCGAGUCCUACCCAGCACAUGCCGGUGCAGUCUCCUUGCAAGCGGCUGCAGAUUUAGUGGCGAGAUGUGGAAUAUAGUACACUUUGUGCGUGUAUAUACAUAUGUAUAUUUUUUCACUCACUGCAGCACUCUAGCACGUGUUUUCCCAUGACGCAAUAAUCUUGUAAAUCGGUGUACAAAUGCACUUGUGCCAUUAACACUCUUAUUUUUGAAAGAAAUGAUAUGGUGUAAUGCUUUGAGAUCCUGUGUAUUGUAUGGUUUGAAAGAGAACCAUGACAGCGCAGAAACGCACUUUGGCCACCCACCCCCUUUGUUUCCGGUUGAUGACUUAACGAAUGCGUGUGCUUGCGUGAAAGCCGUGGGUUUAGCGUUUGAUUUUACAUUCACCUUGUUAUUGGAAGACUGUACAACUGCAGUGCCUAACUCUAGCCUAGCUGUGUGAUGGAGUCACACUAUCGUAUGUACCUCCUGCUGUCUGCUGGAUUAUACAAAAUAAAAGUGCACUUUUUAAAUGAAGCUAUGGCGAGUUGAAUUCAUAAGAUGUCAAGGUUUCACGGAAGGCCCUCCCGGUAUCGUCUGAAUUGUUUCUGGGACCGUGAGUGAGAUAAAAUGUGGUAGCAUUUACGGUUCUGCCCAAUUCAUGCGGUUAUAUUUUUAUACGAUUUUCAACAAUUUUUUUAGUGAGAAAAAUAUUGAUUUUUAGAUAUUUAAUACUUUAGCAAAUGGUGUAUUUUUCAUUCCCAGCUAUUAUCUUGAGCAUUUGUCUUAAUGUGGAUUAAGUUAUUAAAUGACAUUAUUUGGGCAAAUUGAAUAUAUACUACAUGCAUGUUAAACGUACUAUAACUUGAAUAAAUGUAAAUAUUUUUUACAC